AUGUCUGCUGUGAUGAGCACCCUGUCCAUGAUCAGUGGCGGCAGGAGGGCCCAUCGUAAGCUCACCAAUUCAAGAAAGUCUGGCCAGUUCUCUGACGCGGGCGAGGACAGGACCCGGAGCCAGCAUGACCUCAACAAGCAGCGCUCCGCCUCACUCCAAACCCUCGAGGCUGGAGGGGCCAUCAACCUUGAAAACCUGGAGGCUAAGAUGGCCAGUAUCGAGGUUUCCCUGGCGGGGUCGCGGCGCCGCAGUGCAGGGGCUCGUGACCCCGCACGAGACAACACGCGCGAGCUGGACGCGCUACGAGCAGCGAUUAACGACAAGGACACCCUCAUACAGAAUUUAAAGAAACAGUUGAGCGCCUCACUGAGCGCCGCUCGCCUGGGGGCGCAGGCGUCGUCUCCGGUCCCGUACUCCGGGCGGGAGGAGGCGCCUGUCCUGUCCGCCGAGGAGAGACGAGCCUUGGAGGAGAGAGCCGCCGCCGUGCGCUCUGACCUGGACGUGAGGCGGGCUAACAUACAGGAACUGAAGAGGAGAUUAGAAAAAACACACGUCACAGAGAACAUAGACAGUCGUAUCGAGCAGGCGGAGCUGCAGUACCAGCUGGGCCGCGAGGAGCUGGAGCUGCUGAGCUUGGGGGAGCAGGCGCGGGCCCUGGCGCUGCUCAUGGAACAGGCGGACGCCGCGGCGAGAGCACGACGCUCCACGCUCUACAGCACGGUCCGUGACUGCGGCGGCAGCGCCGUGUUGGUGUCAGCGGAGGCCCGCGACAACACGUGGAGCGCCGCCAUCAGGGGAGCCGCGGUCGCUGUGGACUGGAGCGACCACCCCGCACUCAAACAGGGAGACCGAGUUCUGGAAGUAAACGGCACGUCAACUCUGAGGUGCGGGUCCGAGGAGCUCCGGCGUGCUCUGAACGCAGCCUCGCCUGCAAGACUCGUGGUGCUACGAGCGCCGCCGCCCGCACUCACACAGAGCGAGGCGGCAUCUCUGCGCUCGGAGCUGGGCGCGCUGCAGGCGGCGGCCGAACACGCGGAGAGAACCAAACAGGGACUGAGGCAGGACAACACCAGGCUCACACACCGCAUCUCAUACCUAGAGGAACAGGUCGCCGAGCUGCUGGCGAGACACCCGCAGCUCCAACCAGUAAGCAGUAACGACAGCUGUAUCACUGUCAACAAAACGAAGAGAAACGUUACCAACAUCAACAUCACCUCGGAGCCGGCGACCAAAACUACUCCAAAGUCUGAGGUGCAGGUGUUCCAGAAGGGACCAGACAUCACGGCCAUAGUUGCCAAGUUACCAGGACUGGACGGGGCCGAGGCGAGCAAUCUGCCGGUGGUGCGGCCGAGGUCUAACGCGUCGGGAGCCUCCUCCAGGCUGGCGACCUCUCCCCGCACCUCCCCGGCCCCCAACAGGCGCUCCCACAGCUCACACAGCCUGGAGCACCGCGCGGGCCGCCUGAGACACUCACUCUCACAUCACUGCAUCCACGACUACAGCGCGGAGACCGACGCCGCCAUCAGAAUGAUAGAGAGGAACCAGAGACACAUGGAGAGGCAGAGGAUCGACACCGAGAAAUACAACAGAACGAAACGGGAGGACCGGAUGAGAUCCGACAGUGACUUGGACGGUCAGGGGAAGGAGAGCGCCAGGAACGACAUAAAGAAGGCGGCGGAGAGAAUAGAACAGAGCAUCAAGAAGACGAACUGGGCCGAGAGGAAGACGCUGUCCAUCAUAGAGCAGCUGAAGAGAUCACAGAGGAUGCGCAAGAUGAAGAAGAACGAAAGUUCCGAGAACAUCCAGCUGGAGAAGGAGCGGCAUCACUCCUACAGCAGGAUAGACGGGAAGGUGCUGGAGAACGCGCACAAGUCCAGCCGGAGGACGGCCAGGGGGCAGGCCCGGAGCGCCAAGUCGUCGGAGUUCGAGUCCGAGUGCUCCGACUACCCGAGCGGGGACCUGUACAGCAGCUCGCCGCGGCUGGCCGCCACCGACUACGACGAGAACACUUCCAGGACUAGUCGCUACCUCAAGGUCGAUGACCUCCGGGAAGACGGCAAGUCCAGACCCAUGCCCCCCAGGAAGCCGCUGAGGCUGUCACUACACAAGGCGAAAAGCGCACACUCGCUAGUCAACGGCAGCGAGUCCGAGGCGAGCAGGCCGCCGUCCGAGGCGCAGAACGGAGACGCCGCGUCACACUGCAAGAGGCCCGUGAAGCGCUCGCACGCCGGGGACAAGCCCGCCAGGGAGCGGCUGCGGGACCCGCGGGCCACGCCGAGACCUGCACGACGCCCCGGGCCCGCCCCGCCCGCCGACAGGCUGUACUCGGACAAGUGGUGA